GAAACUGUACGGUUGGUGAUGAGCACGGCCCAUUUAAGACGCGGAUGUUCAUACCAUGACGCAUGAGAGAGAGAGAGAGAGAGAGAGAGAGCAGCCGUGGAAAUCGAAUUCCAUGGCGACUCCACCUCGGAAACAACAGGUUUCAUUGAGGGGAGCGAGCGCUAAGGAGAUAACAAGGGAUGCCCUUCUCGAGAAGGUCUGCCAUGAAAGGGAGCUCCGGAAUUACACCAGAAGGGCCGCUGCAGCUGCUCUCUUCAUUCAGAAAGUCUGGAGGCGAUACCAUACGACAAAGAAGGUGGCCAGACAGCUUCAAGAAGAAUGGGAAAUGUCGAUGACCCAAUAUGAUGAUUUGAUGACCAGCGGAUGGGUUUCUAGCAAUGUGUUAAGACCUUUCCUUUUCUUUGUUACCUGUUCAUCAACUCUGCAUCAGAAACUGCAAAUCACAACCAUCAAGUGCAUGCUAACAUGCUUUAAGACUAUCCUGCAAAGUAUAAACUCAACUGAUCCAGAGAAAAAUUUUUGUUCUCUAGCUAUGGGCACACUUGAGGAGAGAAGUACAUGGCUUUAUCAAGCGCGGAAGCUGGUGUCAAUAUGCUCAUUUAUUCUUGCUGAGUGUGACCACACCUCUCUGGCAAAUCAAGAGAACGUUCUGCUUACUGCUUUAGCAAUGCAGUUGAUUGUUGCCUUAACCGAUCCAAGGGGUUGGAAAAGCUUUAACAAUGUGAACCAUAUAAAUGCAGGCAUUGCAGUAAAGAACUUGAUAGAAUUUAUCGCGACUGGAAAAAGUGGUUUGUACAGUUCUGUUCGGAGAUACAUUAUGAAUUCUAAUGGUCCCUUGCGAAGGAAAAGUGAUGUUCUGACUGAUGAUCAUUUCUUGAUAACUGCAAGUGCAAUAACGUUAGCUUUGCGUCCUUUCCAUGUUGCGGAUCUCAACAUAAAUGAUGUUGGCCUCUCUGAUGUUAAAGAUGCUGCUGAACAGUACUGUACUUUUCUACUUACAGUUCCUUGGCUUUCUCAAUGUGUACCAGCAGUUCUCUUACCUGCUUUUAAGCAUGCGUCUGUGCUGUCACCUUGCCUUUUAACUCUACUGAUUUCAAAGGAGAGAAUCUUUGUCGAGAUGUCCAAAUUGGAUCAGUCAAAGUUUUGCAGUUCUUGUCCCAACCUGAUUCCAUCCUCUGGGUGGGCUCUUGCGAACAUUAUAAACUUGGCAACAGAGUACGAUAACGGUUCUGGAGAUUCCGGACGUUUUGUUCAAGGCCUAGAUUGCCGAGUAUAUGUUCAUUCAGUAAUCACCAUUUCAGAGAACUUACUGUGUUGGCUUGAGAAUUGUGGCUGCCCAAGGAAUGAGGAGAAUGAUGAAUACAUUGGUAAUGAUGAAUCUUCUAUAGAAACUGCUGAUCCAGAUAUUCUGGAGAAGACGGCAUCUUUGGGAUCUUUAAAGGUGUCUUACAUAGAAGCUUUCAAGCCUGUUUAUCAGCAAUGGCAUCUUAUGAAGCUUCUGGCCAUGGCCAAGAAAGACUUUUCCAUGCCAGAGGCUGAUACUUCUGCUGCAAAUCCGAGCUUUGAAUAUUGUGGCAAGUUGGAACUGAUUGAUAUUGCAUUUUUCUAUUCAUGUAUGCUGCGGAUAUUUUCUUCCUUCAAUCCAAUGGGUGGGUCAAUGCCUACACUUAACAUGCUAUCUUUCACUCCUGGAUUUCUGGUUGAGCUUUGGAGAGUUCUGGAAGGCUCUUUCUUGUGUCAAGAAGAUCAUGUUGGUAAUGAUGAUAAACUGUGCAAGAAUGGAAUUUCUGGUAGUCACAAUGAUAUAGUCAUGGAGAAAAAGCAAGGAAGGGUCGCGAAGGAUGCAGGAAAUAAAUGGACAAGUGUCUUGCAAAAGAUUACUGGAAAAUCAUGUAAUGAUGUGGACUAUGUCCAGUCUACCAACAGCCCACUUGGGCCCAGCCUGGAUGAUGGGGACGCUUGUGAUUCGUGGGACGUUGAACCUUUGAGGCGAGGUUCCCAAGGUAUUUCUAAAGAAAUUUCAUGUCUGCUGCAUUUGUUCUGUGCGACGUAUGCACACUUGCUGUUGGUUCUUGAUGACAUAGAGUUCUAUGAGAAACAGGUUCCCUUUAUGCUGGAGCAGCAGCGGAGGAUUGCAUCGGUGCUUAAUACAUUGGUUUAUAAUGGAUUUUCUCAUAACAAUGGACAUCAUAACAAACCUUUAAUGGAUGCUGCAGUCAGGUGUCUCCAUUUGUUAUAUGAAAGAGAUUGUAGGCACAGGUUCAGUCCUCCUUCUUUGUGGAUUGCACCUGCCAGAAAAGGACGGCCUCCAAUUGCAGCAGCAGCGAGAGCUCAUGAAGCUGUAACAGCUAACCUGAGAUCUGCGGAUGCUUUAACUAGUCCAAGUAUGGGCUCUGUCAUCACAACUACUCCACAUGUAUUUCCAUUUGAAGAGAGAGUUCAGAUGUUUAGAGAAUUUAUCAAGUUGGAUAAAGUCUCUAGGAGAAUGGCAGGUGAAGUUGCUGGACCAGGCCCUGGAUCAAUAGAGAUAGUAGUCCGCCGGGAUCAUAUCGUUGAAGAUGGCUUUAAACAGUUGAACUUCCUUGGAUCAAGGUUAAAGUCUUGGAUAAAUGUUUCAUUUGUUAGUGAAUGUGGGCUUCCUGAGGCCGGCCUGGACUAUGGUGGCUUAUCGAAAGAGUUCUUGACUGAUAUAUCAAGGACAGCCUUUGACCCUGGGUAUGGACUGUUCUCUCAGACAUCAACUUCAGAGAGAUGUUUAAUUCCCAAUACAGCUGCAAGAUUGGUAGAAAAUGGAAUGCAGAUGAUUGAGUUCCUUGGACGAGUUGUUGGAAAAGCACUUUAUGAAGGAAUAUUGCUGGAUUAUUCAUUCUCACUUGUGUUUGUGCAAAAGCUUUUGGGUCGCUAUAGCUUUCUUGAUGAACUGUCAACACUAGAUCCUGAACUCUAUAGGAAUCUUAUGUAUGUAAAGCAUUAUGAAGGUGAUGUCAGGGAACUAUCUUUGGAUUUUACAGUUACUGAGGAGUUACUUGGCCAACGGGUUGUCACUGAGCUUAAAUCUGGUGGAAAAAAUAUGGCUGUUACAAAUGAGAAUAAGUUGCAGUAUGUUCAUGCAAUUGCAGACUAUAAGCUUAACAGACAGAUAUUGCCAUUGGCAAAUGCAUUUUAUAGAGGCUUGAUCGAUCUUAUAUCACCGUCUUGGUUGAGCUUAUUUAAUGCAAGUGAGUUCAAUCAGCUGCUUUCAGGUGGAAAACACGACUUUGAUGUUGAUGACUUAAGAAGCAACACACGCUAUACAGGCGGCUAUUCUGAAGGGAGUCGGACAAUUAAACUCUUUUGGGAGGUUAUUACAGGAUUUGAGCCAAAGGAACGCUGCAUGCUACUAAAAUUCGUGACAAGUUGUUCUCGUGCUCCUUUGCUUGGGUUCAAGCAUUUGCAGCCAACUUUUACCAUUCAUAAGGUUGCAUGUGAUGUGCCCCUUUGGGCCAUGAUUGGAGGACAAGACGUGGACCGUCUUCCAUCAGCUUCCACCUGCUACAACACACUCAAGCUUCCCACUUACAAACGCCCAAGCACUUUGAGGAACAAGCUCCUCUAUGCAAUUAGUUCCAAUGCGGGAUUUGAACUUUCUUAGGUAUCUAGGGGCGUGCUCAGUUGUCUUGAGAACACGUGCAGUCCUCUAGUUAUUUCGCAAACUAGCAGAAAAAUGUGGAAAAGUAAUAGCCUGCCAAGAUGGUUUCCACCUUCGGUGCCACCCCAGAUGCUCCACCUGCUAUACCGCGUGAUGAGCUACUACCUUGUUUUCAUCUUUCUCAUCCUUCCAAAUGAAGGACAAAUAAUAAUGCAAGUGCAUGGUAGUAUUUUCCAUCAGAAUGUAUGUGACAUGUGACAAGCAACAGUACUCUUUGUUGAUAACAACUUGUGUUGUUCAAUAAUAAUUAUUCUUGUGUUA